AUGAGCGCGCGCCUGCCGCUCCUCCUGCGGCAGCUCGGCCGCCUGCAGCCCCCCGCCCCGCCGCGCCGCCUCCGAGAGCUUUGUCUCGCCAGCGGCGGCGGGGGCGGCGGAUGUGGCGGCGGGGAGGGCCUGCUCGGGCAGCGGCGGCUGCGGGACACCCAGGCCGGGAGCAGCCGGGGCCCGGGCAGCCGGGCGCCCCCAGCGCGGGACUUGAUAGUCCGAGAAGUCAUUCAGAAUUCGAAAGAAGUUCUGAGUUUAUUGCGAGGAAAAAACCCUGCCUUUAAGCCGGUUCUUGCUAUUAUUCAGGCAGGUGAUGAUAACUUGAUGCAGGAAAUAAACCAGAAUUUGGCUGAGGAGGCUGGUCUGAACAUCACUCACAUCUGUCUUCCUGCAGACAGCAGUGAAGAUGAGAUUAUCGAUGAGAUUCUGAAGAUUAAUGAAGACACCAAAGUACAUGGCCUUGCCCUUCAGAUCUCCGAGACCUCAUUUAGCAACAAAAUCCUCAAUGCCUUGAAACCAGAAAAAGAUGUGGAUGGAGUAACGGAUGUAAACCUGGGGAAGUUGGUACGUGGGGAUGCCCGUGAGUGUUUUGUUUCACCUGUGGCCAGAGCUGUAAUUGAACUUCUUGAAAAGUCAGGUGUCAACUUAGAUGGAAAGAAGAUCUUGGUAAUAGGAGCCCAUGGGUCUUUGGAAGCCACCCUGCAAUGCCUGUUCCAGAGAAAAGGGUCCAUGACAAUGAGCUCCCAGUGGAAAACACCUCAGCUUCAAAGCAAGCUUCAUGAGGCUGACAUUGUGAUCUUGGGCUCACCCAAGCCGGAAGAGAUUCCCCUUUCUUGGAUUCAACCAGGCACUACUGUUCUCGACUGUUCCCAUGACUUUCUGUCAGGGAAGCUUGGAUGCAGUUCUCCCGGUGUCCAUGGUACUGGUCCCAUCGCAGAAGAUGUGAGUCUCCUUGCUGCCGCUCUGCGGAUUCAGAACAUGGUUAGUAGCAGAAGAUGGUUCCAUGAGCAGCAGUACAGGAGGUGGAGACUUCACUGCUUGAAACUUCAGCCUCUGUCCCCCGUACCAAGUGAUAUCGAGAUUUCAAGAGCACAGACUCCAAAAGCUGUGGAUAUCCUUGCCAAGGAGAUAGGGUUGCUUGCAGAUGAAAUUGAAAUCUAUGGCAAAAGCAAAGCCAAAGUACGUUUGUCCCUGCUAGAAAGGUUAAAGGAUCAAGCAGAUGGAAAAUACGUCUUAGUUGCUGGGAUCACACCCACCCCUCUUGGAGAAGGGAAAAGUACAGUUACAAUUGGGCUCGUGCAGGCGUUGACUGCGCACCUGAACAUCAACUCCUUUGCCUGUCUGAGGCAGCCUUCUCAAGGACCGACUUUUGGAGUUAAAGGAGGAGCUGCAGGUGGCGGAUACGCCCAGGUCAUCCCUAUGGAAGAGUUCAACCUUCACCUGACUGGGGACAUCCAUGCCAUCACCGCUGCUAAUAACUUGUUGGCCGCUGCCAUCGACACAAGGAUUUUGCAUGAAAAUACUCAAACAGAUAAGGCUCUGUAUAAUCGACUGGUUGCUUCAGUGAAUGGUGUUAGAGAAUUUUCAAAAAUUCAACUUGCUCGGCUAAAAAAACUGGGAAUAAAUAAGACUGAUCCGAGCGCUCUGACAGAAGAGGAAAUGAGGAAAUUUGCCCGUCUUGACAUUGACCCCUCCACCAUCACGUGGCAGAGAGUCAUGGAUACAAAUGACCGAUUUCUGCGAAAAGUAACCAUCGGGCAGGGAAAUACAGAGAAGGGCUAUUCUCGGCAGGCGCAGUUUGACAUCGCCGUGGCCAGUGAGGUCAUGGCAGUGCUGGCUCUGACUGACAGCCUCACGGACAUGAAGGAGCGGCUGGGCAGAAUGGUGGUGGCCAGUGACAGAAACGGGCAGCCCGUGACAGCAGGUGAUUUGGGGGUGACAGGUGCUUUGACUGUUCUGAUGAAAGACGCGAUAAAACCAAAUCUGAUGCAGACCCUAGAAGGCACGCCUGUAUUUGUGCAUGCUGGCCCCUUUGCCAACAUUGCCCACGGCAACUCUUCAGUGUUGGCUGAUAAAAUUGCCCUGAAACUGGUUGGUGAAGAAGGAUAUGUAGUGACUGAAGCUGGCUUUGGUGCUGAUAUUGGCAUGGAGAAAUUCUUCAACAUCAAGUGCAGAGCUUCUGGCUUGGUGCCCAGUGUUGUGGUGCUGGUGGCAACGGUGCGGGCUCUGAAGAUGCACGGAGGUGGACCAAGUGUAACUGCUGGGGUCCCUCUUAAAAAAGAAUAUACAGAAGAGAACCUCCAGCUGGUGGCAGAUGGCUGCUGUAACCUAGAGAAGCAAAUACAGAUUGCUCAGCUCUUCGGGGUCCCUGUUGUCGUGGCUCUGAAUGUCUUCAAGACCGACACCCGAGCGGAGAUUGACUUGGUGUGUGAGCUUGCAAAGCGGGCUGGCGCCUUUAAUGCAGUGCCCUGCUAUCACUGGUCGAUUGGUGGGAAAGGGUCGGUGGACCUGGCUCAGGCUGUGAGAGAAGCUGCAAGUAAAAAGAGUCAUUUCCAAUUCCUGUAUGAUGUGCAGCUUCCAAUUGUGGAAAAGAUAAGAACCAUCGCCCAGGCUGUCUAUGGAGCCGAAGAUAUUGAACUCUCUCCGGAGGCACAGUCCAAAAUAGAUCGUUACACGGAACAGGGUUUUGGAAAUUUGCCCAUCUGCAUGGCUAAGACCCACCUUUCCCUGUCUCACCAACCUGACAAGAAAGGCGUACCCAAGGAUUUCAUUCUACCCAUUAGUGACGUACGGGCCAGCAUAGGCGCUGGGUUCAUUUACCCAUUGGUUGGAACGAUGAGCACCAUGCCAGGACUGCCGACUCGGCCCUGCUUCUAUGACAUAGAUCUUGAUACGGAAACAGAGCAAGUUAAAGGCUUGUUCUAAGUGAACAAGAUUUUCACAGGACUCAAUUCAGUCACUUUCAGGGGCUUCCCUGGUGGCACAGUGGUUAAGAAUCCGCCUGCCAAUGCAGGGGGCACGGGUUCGAGCCCUGGUCCGGGACGAUCCCACAUGCCACGGAGUAACGAAGCCCGCGAGCCACAACUACUGAAGCCGACACGCCUCGAGCCCAUGCUCUGUCACAAGAGAAGCCACCACAAUGAAAAGCCCACGCACCGCAACGAAGAGAGUAGCACCUGCUCACCGCAACUAGAGAAAGCCCACGUGCAGCGAUGAAGACCCAAUGC